CAACCAUCACGACACCACCCCUUCUCCCUCCCUCCCGCCAAUCCGCCGGGCGUCAAUGGCCCCGGACCACCGCCAUUGAUCCCCCGCCAUGCUGCAAACCCGAUUGCCCCUGCGGCCCUCCUCCACCCCCUGCCGCUGCCUCCUAUCCACCAUCCGCAGCUACGCCAGCGCCGCCGCCGUCGACCGCAACCCCCCCCCAACCCUCGAGCCCACCGUCUCGGCCGGCGAUGGCCAAGUCUACCAAGCCGCGGGGCCUCGCAAAGAAUCCACCGUGCAAAUGCGCACCUACAAGCCCCGCACCCCCGGCCUACGCCACCUCAAACGGCCCAUAAACGACCACCUCUGGAAAGGCCGCCCGGUCAGCAAGCUCACGUACCCCAAGACGGGCAUGGGCAAGGCGGGCCGCAACAACUCGGGCCACGUCACGGUGCGGCACCGCGGCGGCGGGCACAAGCGGCGCAUCCGCAUCAUCGACUACCACCGCCGCGCGCCGGGCGAGCACGUCGUGGAGCGCAUCGAGUACGACCCGAACCGCAGCUCGCACAUCGCGCUGCUCACCAACUCGAAGACGAAGGAGCAGUCGUACAUUGUGGCCGCGGACGGGAUGCGCGCGGGCGACAAGGUGGAGAGCUUCCGCUCGGGCAUCCCGCCGCACCUCAUCGCGAGCAUGGGCGGGGUGAUUGACCCGGGCAUGCUGGCGGCGAAGACGGCGUUCCGGGGGAACUGCCUGCCUGUGCGCAUGGUGCCGAUUGGCACGCAGAUAUUCAACGUGGGCUCCAAGGCGACGGGGGGCGCGGUGUUCUGCCGCAGCGCGGGGACGUACGCCGUGAUUAUGAGCAAGGAGGAGACGAGGCAGAAGGUCAGGGAGGUUGUGAUUCGUCUGCAGAGCGGCGAGCAGAGGAAGAUCGAUCCGGAUGCGUGCUGUACCGUUGGAGUGGCCAGCAACCCGCACGCACACUUUGCGCAGCUAGGAAAGGCUGGACGAGCGCGAUGGCUGGGCAUCAGGCCCACUGUGCGUGGCCUUGCCAUGAACGCAGCCGACCAUCCCCACGGAGGCGGCCGCGGUAAAUCAAAGGGCAACGUGCACCCCGUCAGCCCCUGGGGCACCCCAGCCAAAGGCGGCUACAAAACGCGCCGCAAGAGGAACAAGAACGUCUGGCUGGUGCAAGACCGCGUGCGGAACCAAGGAAAGCGGCGGCCGAAGUAGUUCCACUCAGCAACGUCGUCUGCUGGAAUACGUCUCUCGCAUUUGUCUCAACAUGUCCUUCCUCCUCGACUGUAAUAUAUCAUCUAGGCUCGCGCAGAUAUAUGCAAGAACUCAAUGUACAAUCAGGCCCUCUAGAUUCCUCAGC